ACAAGGUAUCCUAAUUUACUAGCGGACCCGUGUGAUUCGUGCUCCGCAGCCGCCUCCAUUUUUCCGAGCAGCCAAACCAGCAAAAAGUCAUUAUUAGCUCUGCAGCUUUUCUCAUUCUCAACCAUCUUUCUUCGAAGUUUUUGACUAUCACCCUAAGUUUUGAUGGCUUCCUCUACCAUUUUCCCACCUUCCUCAUCCUUCAUCGCCAAUCAGAAGGAUCUAGGUCGCUCUGCUUUUUCUUCACCGUCAUCGCCAUUUUCUAUUCCCAAAUGCCGGAAAUCAAUCUCCAAGAAAAUUGUAUCAGUCAUGGCUCCUCAGCAAUCAGAACGCAGGCCUGCCACCACGGGCUCAGUGAAGACUGCAAUGACGAUGACAGAAAAAAUAUUGGCCAAGGCAUCUGAGAAGCCUCAGUUAAGUCCAGGUGAGAAUGUUUGGGUCAACGUUGAUGUCCUGAUGACUCAUGAUGUUUGUGGCCCUGGUUCUAUUGGUAUCUUCAAGAAAGAGUUUGGAGCUAAUGCUAAGGUAUGGGACCGCGAGAAAAUUGUCAUUAUACCAGAUCAUUACAUAUUCACUGCUGAUGAACGUGCAAACCGGAAUGUAGACAUAUUGAGGGACUUCUGCUAUGAGCAAAACAUAAAGUACUUCUAUGACAUCAAGGACCUUAGUAACUUUAAGGCUAACCCUGAUUAUAAAGGUGUAUGCCAUGUUGCACUUGCUCAAGAAGGUCAUUGCAGGCCAGGAGAGGUCCUUUUAGGUACUGACUCUCACACCUGCACUGCUGGAGCAUUUGGCCAAUUUGCUACUGGAAUUGGCAAUACUGAUGCGGGUUUUGUUUUAGGCACUGGGAAGUUGCUGCUCAAGGUGCCUCCAACUUUGAGAUUUGUAAUGGAUGGUGAAAUGCCUGAUUAUUUGCUUGCAAAGGAUUUGAUUUUACAGAUUAUUGGUGAAAUAUCUGUAGCUGGUGCAACAUAUAAAUCAAUGGAGUUUGUCGGCACAACUGUUGAGAGUUUAAAUAUGGAAGAGCGGAUGACAUUGUGUAACAUGGUUGUUGAAGCUGGGGGGAAGAAUGGGGUUGUCCCUGCUGAUAGCACUACAUUCAAGUACCUUGAGGAUAAGACAUCUGUGCCCUAUCAACCAGUUUAUAGUGAUGAGCAAGCAAGAUUUCUUUCAGAGUACAGAUUUGAUAUCUCAAAGUUGGAGCCAUUGGUUGCAAAGCCUCAUUCUCCUGAUAAUCGGGCUUUAGCAAGAGAAUGCAAAGAUGUCAAAAUAGACAGAGUGUACAUUGGAUCCUGUACUGGUGGAAAAACAGAGGAUUUUAUGGCUGCUGCCAAAGUUUUUCUAGCUUCAGGUAAAAAGGUCAAGGUUCCCACGUUUCUUGUGCCUGCAACCCAAAAGGUAUGGAUGGAUGUAUAUAGUUUACCAGUACCGGGGUCUGGUGGCAGGACUUGCUCCCAGAUUUUUGAAGAAGCUGGUUGUGACACACCUGCAAGUCCUAGUUGUGGUGCAUGCUUGGGAGGCCCCAAGGACACUUAUGCACGCAUGAAUGAACCAAUGGUUUGUGUGUCAACAACAAACCGAAACUUCCCUGGCCGUAUGGGUCACAGAGAGGGGCAGAUAUAUCUGGCCUCCCCCUACACAGCAGCAGCAUCUGCUUUGACUGGUUAUGUCACUGAUCCAAGAGAGUUCUUACAGUAGGUUUUUUAAUAUUUUGUUUAGCCUACGCAGUGUUGCAAAAUAAACUUAAAUGGCAGAGCCGAAGUAGAUACCUGAUUCUGUUAUUUUGAGAAGUAUAAGUUUGCAAAAUUUGAUGGUUGUUACUAAUUGGAAUGAAGAAUGUUUGCAAGAUGAAGCGUAACCUCCUGUCCUUUCUUUGCUUCAUGUAUUUUGCAUAUUAACUGCGACUGCUAGAGAAGCUCUCUAUGUUUUUUUCCUUCUUUUUUUUUUCAGUCAAGUUUUACUGGUAGGGAUAAUGCCCCACCAAAAUGAGAUUUUUGUUAUUAUUUUUUAA